UUGUCAUGCAGCAGGCUCCCCUCCUCGCCCGCCCCCGUACGUGUCCAUCUCUCCACUCCUUUCCUUUCCUUGUUGGUAAGAGCAAGGCGAGACGUAACGUAAUCCGGCCAUGGCGUUCUUCCGGGGCCUCACCGCGGUCUCGAGACUGCGAUCCCGCAUGGAUCUUAAGUCCCAGCUGCGGGAACUGAUUCCGGAACAGCAGGACCGCUUAAAGAAGCUUAAAUCAGAGCAUGGGAAGGUUCAGCUUGGAAACAUAACUGUGGAUAUGGUCCUUGGUGGAAUGAGAGGGAUCAUUGGAAUGCUUUGGGAGACAUCCCUAGUCGACCCAGAGGAGGGUAUUCGUUUUAGGGGCCUCUCAAUUCCAGAGUGCCGAAAAGUGCUGCCAACAGCAGUUGAGGGUGGUGAACCUUUGCCUGAGGGUCUCCUCUGGCUUCUUUUGACAGGGAAGGUCCCAACCAAAGAUCAAGUUGAUGCUCUAUCAAAAGAAUUGCUUGCGCGCUCAACUGUCCCAGCUCAUGUCUAUAAGGUAAUAGAUGCUCUCCCAGUAACUGCACAUCCUAUGACACAAUUUACCGCAGGAAUAAUGGCUCUUCAGGUUGAGAGCGAAUUUCAAAAAGCUUACGGCAAUGGAUUGCCAAAAUCAAAGCUUUGGGAGCCUACUUAUGAAGACUGCUUAAAUUUGAUUGCUCGGCUUCCACCAGUGGCUUCUUAUGUUUACCGGAGAAUUUUCAAGGAUGGGAAAUCAAUAGAAGCUGAUGAUUCUCUGGAUUAUGCGGCAAAUUUAUCACAUAUGCUUGGUUUUGACGACCCCAGGAUGCUGGAGCUGAUGCGGCUCCAUGUAACAAUUCACGCUGAUCAUGAAGGCGGGAAUAUCAGUUCUCAUACUGGUCAUCUGGUUGGAAGUGCUCUGUCAGAUCCUUAUCUUUCUUUCGCAUCAUCUGUGAAUGGGUUAGCUGGGCCACUACAUGGCCUUGCAAAUCAGGAAGCGCUUCUAUGGCUCAAGUCUAUAAUUCAGGAAACAGGGAGCGACGUUACGACAGACCAACUCAAAGACUAUGUCUGGAAGACACUGAAGAGUGGAAAGGUUGUUCAUGGAUUUGGUCAUGGAGUUCUGCGUAGGACGGACCCACGGUAUCUAUGCCAAAGGGAGUUUGCCCUGAAGUAUUUGCCAGAGGAUCCGCUUUUCCAACUGCUGUCCAAGUUAUAUGAGGUCGUGCCUCCGAUCCUCACUGAGCUGGGAAAGGUCAAGAACCCAUGGCCCAAUGUUGACGCUCACAGUGGACUCUUGCUGAACCACUUUGGACUAUCUGAAACACGGUAUCACACUGUCUUGUUCGGUGUUUCGAGAAGCAUGGGGGUAGGAUCCCAGCUCAUCUGGGACCGUGCCCUUGGCCUGCCACUCGAGAGGCCCAAGAGCGUUACCAUGGAGUGGCUGGAGAACUACUGCAAGAACAAGGCUGCCUGAAGCUUUUCACAAAUGCUGCUGCUUUUUUUCCCCCCAGCCUUGGCUGUUAAUGAUUAAACAUGAGUUGUAGAACUAUUCUUUUUCCCCCCAUUGGCCGUUGAAUAACGCAAUAGCAGCGUGCUCUCGGGCGCUAGAAUUCUGUAUCUCUCCGUCACUUGGUGGACGUCCAGAUAGACAGUUCAUCUGCGGCAACACUGUGCAGAAGAGAUUAGGACAUUUCACUUGGUGUAUGCCGACACUUGAGUUUUUGUUUAACGUUAUGUUUGGCAGAGUUAAUCGGUAAUUACAGAUUUGGGCUAUGGCAUGUUA